GAGAUCUAAAGUGUCUGUUCUUCGUUAUCAACGUGAUUCUUUUUCCAUAAAUUGUAAAUUGCUUGUCGUAUUCCGUUUCGUUUGUAACGCGUCAUAUAAGAAUGUAUGAAUGACGCAACGAUCGAUAUGGGCGCAAAUUUCACUAUGGAAUUCGCGUUGAAAUAUGUUCUUUCCCCGAGGAUCGUCCCCGAGGAAUGAGGUGGACGAGCAACGAAGCGACCCUCGAAAUCGCUCGAGCGGACUCGCUAUUCCGCGUUUCGAAAGUUUGGAUUUUUUCUAGCACGCCGACAACUUUGUUAGCCCUCGUUGUAGCUUCCCUUCUCUGUCGCAGUCGUCGUCGUAAUCAUAACCAUCACCGUUACGACCGCGGUAUCGCGACGUCGGACCUCUCUCCACGUCGUGCAUUUCACAUUUCCGUGACAGUUUCUCCACGCGACCUUCUCGUCCACAUCCUGAACGGACUUGCUCGGUGCGAGACAGCGACAGUAUUACCGGUUAUCGCGAAAUCGAACGACAACGCGACGACGACGACGACGGCACGACGACAUCGAUGACGACAUUGAUGUUUGCGACGAUAGUGACGGAGAAGCGGAUAUAGCACCCGGUCGAUCGAUUUUCCCUGAAGAGAGAGUGAAAGCUUAAACGAAGAGCAGCUUAAACGUUAAAGUUUCGAUCCGCGCGACUUACAAGGAAGAUGGGUGUUCUCCUGCUGCCAGAUGGUAUUACGUCGCCGAUAAUGCAAUCGCGCGCGAGUCUAAACACCGUCGUCGACGUCGUCGCCGAGACGAAUAACAAUGUGAGCGGGCUGACGGAUGCAAAUAAUUCAUCGCCGACACGAAUUGUCGGUAUCAUCGGCGUCGUCAACGGUGGUGAACCGCCGCGACACAGUAGCGAUUGGACGCCACCCCCGCCCAAGAAAAAAUGGAUACGGCACUACCUACUUGAAGAAGAACCAUUGGAGAACAACAGAAUGAAUCUUUCAACUCAUUUCCGAGGUACAUCUAUGGUCUCCAAUACACGAGUCACGCCGUCAUCAACCGGAUCAACCUCUGUUCAGCUGACUGCGCUUCAUUCCAUGUCUCAUCAUCCUCAUCCUCAUCAUCAUUCACAACAGCCACAGCAGCAGCAGCAGCAGCAGCAGCAGCAGCAGCAACAGCAGCCGCAACAGCAGCAACAUCAUCAACAACAGCAGCAACCUCAUCAACAACAUCACCAUCAUAGCGAUCAUCAUAGCACGCAUAAUCAUUAUAUGGAGAAUCACAAUCCGAAUCAAUCUCAGCAAACUGUAGGCAACCUCGUUAUUGAUGAAACGAGCCACGACAAUAAGAAACACCGAACAACUGGAGCAUGUGUAAUUCGAUCUGGUACUAGGGAAGUACACAAUAAGCUGGAAAAGAAUCGGAGGGCUCAUCUGAAGGAGUGUUUUGAAAUUCUAAAGAGGCAGCUACCAUCACAAGACGAAAAAAAAUCUUCGAAUCUCUCUAUUCUCCAUGCAGCGAACAAAUACAUACAGGCACUGCGAAAAAGAGAACGAGAUUAUGAACAUGAGAUGGAGAGACUCGCGAGAGAAAAAAUUGCGGCUCAACAGAGAUUAGUUGCGUUGAAGAAAGAACUCAAUGCAACUUGGGAUCACAUCGACAUCAAUUCUCUUUUGCUGGAACAGAAUCCUGGGACGGAUGUGACAACCGCCAAAACUGUUUUAGAAAAUACUGAGGUUGACGUUACUGGAUUAUCACGGGGUGGCACAAGGUAUAGCAGCACGAGCAGUCUGAAUAGUGUGACAACGGCCAGUUCUCCGCAAGCAUUACAGUCUACUAGCACGACUUCCAAUAUUCAUAGUCAAGCCCCGACUGCGGGUGUCGUUUGCCAAACGCAGGAUCUGAAUCUUGCACGAAGCUCCAGAGAGAGUCCACCUGCAAGUUCGACUGCUGGAACGGCACCCGCACCCAGCAUUUCUACUCCAGCGCAAGAGAAGGUUGCUACGUCGUCUACCGCCAGUAUAGUUCAGCAGCCGCAUCAACUGCAUCUACCGAUCAGUGCUCAAAUGUUGAACACGAGUCAGGGUCUUGCGACCAUCGUGCCAGCCUUGCAACAUAUCGGGCCAGGACUAAGGGUAAUACCGGGUGAUACGCGGCAGCUUUUAGUUACCCAUACUACUGGCAACAAUGAAUCCAGGCCUCUGACAUUGGCGGUACAGAACUCUUCGGAUCAAUCCCGGCCACCGCUGAUCGCUGUGCAAUCAAACGCUGGAAACGAGCCAAGGCCCGUAGCACUGGUCGUUCACUCAUCCACCGCCAACGACAACAGAGUGACAUUUGUGCACUCUAAUUUGUCCAACAACGAUAGGCCGUUAGCCCUGGCCGUACAGUCGUCUGCGAAUGAUGUUAGACCCGUCACUUUCGUGCACUCGGGAAACGAGGGUCGAUCGUUGGUCCUUGCCACGCAUUCGCCCGCGUUGAAUGUAUCGAACGCCCAGACGAGAAUAAGAACGGGAGAUGCGCAAAAUACACAUAAGAUGGUCGGUGGCGUAACACUCGUUGGCGGUAAUGGCUCGGAAUUGGCAAGACUUCCCGGUGGCGCGGAAUUGAAUAUACUUCCGGCAAAUGGAUUAACUUUAAGUCAUGGAGUGUCACUUCAAACCGCUACGGGUAAACCAACCUCAACAAUGAUGCAAAACUCUCCAUCUACAGAGAGUAUAGCUCACAUCGUCGGCCAGCACACACCUCUCUCCGGUCUGACUCCGAUUGUUACGCCGAUGACUGUCGUCUCUCAAGGUAAUCAGGUGACCGCUCACAUCUUAGCACCAUCGAGUCUCGCGGGGAAGAUGAUCACUACUCCCAUUCUCAAGUCCGUGGGACAAAUGCCGCUUGUAAACGCUCAGUAUCUUAACACCACGACUUUAGUGAAACCUGUCGUCGUGGUGAGCUCACCGUCAACGUCGACAGCACCCUCAACAACGGCGGCGACAGCUUCCAGUACACAACCUUCUUCGACCUCGAAUUCGACUGUCUGACAGAAUCAAGGAAAGGCAAAAUUAAUCUGAUUGCGCUGGAAUAUCAAAAUACGGUUUGCUGGUGUUUCGAGUAAAUUUCUACAUCUAUCUAAAGUAAAUCUAUCUUUUGUUAUUUGUUGGAAUCGCUUAGAUAUGUUAGUGAUAAAUUAGCGAGAAUGUGAGUGAUUUAUAUCUGAAAUAUUUUACGACAGACAGUAAAUAUCGUGGAA